GAUCUUGCCUCAUGUCUCGUUAUUUCGACCCGACGUUCUCCUCCCAUAGUUCUACCAACUGUCGUUGUUCGUCUACGACUAAUAGCAACUUCUGACUUUCGACACACCCGACGAGAUUUGAGAAUGACCCGAGUGGACGGCAAGGACCGAGAUUAUGUCAAAGCGGUUGACGACGCCUUGAAUUCGUUUGAAAUUCUCGACAACAUCCUGCAAGGAAUCGACAAUGGACCAGAUUAUCGGCAGACCAUUCAGCAGAUAAUAUACAAUUUACAAAACAUAAAGUCUGAUCGCCGCCUACGCACACGCAGUGUUAUGGACAACAUCACUAGAGUUACAUAUACUGCCCGUGAAAUGUUCCCAUAUUUACGCCAUUAUCGUAGCAACCGAUUGAAAGCUUGCAUAGGCUUUUCCAAAAAGCAGAGAACGUGCAACGAUCUCUUCAGACAGCUCCAAGAACGAGAAUACAUGCUAGAAACAAGCCUUAAUUCACUACAACCUCUUGUAUACGACCCAUCCAAUCCCACAAACAUUUGACUGCCCACAGUGGCGUGCAUAGGGAAACACGCCCAAGUGACUCCUACACGCGGUGUGAGGAGGACGAUCCAUGGUCUAACAACUUGAAUACCAAUCACCCAUCUCUGGGGUGGUGACGACGAUCAGGUUAUUCCCCGACAUUGGAAGAAGGAAUAUGUCUAGGUAUAUAUCUUAAGCUUUUUCGUUUAUCGGAGGGCUCGCAAAGGUACAGUUGCACCAGAUCUCACUGUAAUGACACUGUUGAAUC